UAACCUAACAGUUGGUCAUGAAAAAAUGUGUCUAUAAGUGAAUUUGAAUAAUAAUUUGAAUAUACUCACAGUCAAUCCAGGUUCUUACAUGUUCACAAUCAUUAACAAGUGAAUCUAAUUCAAUUAUUUCAUUUGUCCAAAUAGUCAACAUUGAUAAGUUGAAGAAAUUACCUUUUCAGUGAAAAUCAACUAAUCAGUGGAAUCAAUUGAUUCAAAUUACGUUUGUCUAAAAAACUGGUUUCCAUAUUUAAAACAUUAACCGAUGUGAAUUUCAUCUUAACCAUUUCUGUAAAACUGACAAUUCAACUGAAAUUUUGUCAUCUCUGACUUUAUUUGUUUGGCUUCCAAAAGGAUUAUUUCACGUUAAAAGAUGGCCACUCUGACUCGAAUGAUGGUCAUUUUGACCUGGAUCACAAUUGAGAGUUUUUUGGCUUUCGGACAAGCAGACCAUUCUCGCUUGAUAAAACCUGGUGAUUGGAGUAGACACGAUAACAGUCUUAUAUCGAAUUUGAAUUCAUUCUCCAGUCAAUUGGGUUUGGUUGGGCGUGUUAUUAGUCCAUUGAAACCUAGUCUAGACUCUAAUCCAAUUGUAUUGCUAAGUGACAGUGAUUGUGAAAAUGAAUCCACACGCAAUUACGAUGAAAGUUCUAGUCUUUUAAAUAUUCUCUCAACAUUACAGAAAAGAUCACAAGGAAAUUUGUUUGCCUCCAGUCAAUCUAACCCCAUUUUUGUCAAUCUAAUUUCACCGAGUGACAAAGUAAAUUCAAACAUCCCGUCAAAUAUAAGAAACAUGGCUGUCAGUAGAAAGUCAACUAGAAGUAUACCUGAUGAGUGUCCCAAUUCAGUUACCAAAAAUACAAUUGAAAAACAAGUUACUAAAUCAGUUCGUGUUGAUGGACGAUAUAAAAAUCCAUGGGAUACUUGGAACGAAAAUGCUUUUCGGGUAACGAGUUUAAUGAGAUUCGGUUUCAGUCGAGAUAAUAGUAAUGUUCCCAAUCAAAAAGAACUGGAUAAACUUUUGCCAAUAGAGAAGCCAGUGUUUCAAGAUGAGAAUUCAAAUAAUAAUGGCGUUCGAAUAACUUGGAUUGGACAUUCAACUAUUGUAGCUCAAUUUGAUAAUUUUAAUGUAAUCACCGACCCAAUUUUCAGUUCAAGAGCAAGUCCAAGCCAGUUUUUCGGUCCUAAACGUUAUCGCAAUCCGCCAUGUACAAUCAAUGAUUUGCCUGCAACAUUAAAUGCCGUAGUUAUUUCACACAAUCAUUAUGAUCAUUUAGAUGUUGCCAGUGUCACAAGUUUAAAUGAAAGGUAUGGAACCUCGUUAUCAUGGUAUGUUCCCAUGGGCCUUAAAAGUUGGUUCAAUUCAAUUGGGAUUAAACAUGCAGUUGAAAUGGAUUGGUGGGAUGAGAUUUGUUACAAUGGAUCUAUAACAAUAGCAUUCACUCCAGCUCAGCAUUGGAGUAAACGAGGCAUCAGUGAUGAUUUUCUCAGUCUUUGGGGAUCCUGGACAUUUGUCGGACCCACUCAGAGAUUUUUCUUUACUGGUGACACUGGCUAUUGUCCAGCUUUUAAAGAAAUAGGUGCAGUUUAUGGACCUUUUACCGUUGCAGCAAUACCAAUUGGUGCUUAUGAACCGAGAUGGUUCAUGAAACCUCAACAUGUUGAUCCUGAAGAGGCUGUUUUAAUCCAUCAAGAUUUGAAAGCUCGUGCUUCAGUUGCUAUUCAUUGGGGUACCUUUGCACUUGCUAAUGAGUUCUUUUUAGAUCCACCUCUAAAGCUCAAAUCCACCUUGGAAAAACUCAAUCUAUCUGGCUCUGAAUUUAUCACACUUAAACAUGGUGAAAGCAAAGUUUUCCCAUUAGAUCCAAAGGAAGCUGAACAAGCAUCAAAUCGAUUUCCACUUUCCAUGAUUGCUUACUUACAAGUCCAAGCUAAUUCCGUUUUCAAUUCAACUUUCAUCAACACAUUUCUCAAUUAUGUCACCAAUUUUCUUUCAUGAUUUACACUAACAAUAUAUAAUUGUAAGAAUCUGAAUCUCUGGAAUUAUUUUCGCAAUUGGUUAAGUGAACAAUGUUUACAAACUCUGAACUUUUUAUAUUGAUUGUUGUUAUAACAUUCAAUUUGAUCUGAAAUUGUAUUAUAUAAUUUAAAAAUGCUUAUUAUACUGUAAAAAUUAACCAUAAACAGAUUGACCAACUAAUUUAAAGUGAUCAUAAAUGGACAAUAUAACAUUUACGAAUAAAAUCUAUUUAAAUAUUGA